CAAGUUCCGAUACGCAUGCACCCUUAAACAAAAUACAGAGCUUCUGUGUCAAUUGAGUUUCUCGAUUCGAUCUAAGGGAAACUGAACUGAGCGGAAUCCAGAGUCUCUAGUGUGGAGAUUUCUCAAAUCCUCGGUUGGGUUCAAACUGCAGUCUUGAGGUGCAACGUGGAAUCGCUUGACGUUUCGGUUAGAGUCAAUGUGAUGCUACAAAGACCUUUUGGGCCGAACGUGGUUAGUCCUAAAGGGAUUCAGAUUGAAUUUCCUUCAUGCGUUUUUGUUUGUGGGUCUUUGAGGUCUUUAACUUUGGACGUGGCACAUGUGAUUUUGAAAUCCCCUUGUUCUAGCUCCAAUCUGGUCUGCUUGAAACUGGUAAAUGUUACUGUAGAAGAUGAUGAUGGGUUUUGCAAAUGGGUAUCGCUUUACUGCAAAUCCCUCAAGGAAUUGUCGCUUUGGGGAGUGCAAGGCCCCAAGAAUGUCACCAUUAAGAGCUCGUCUCUGGAAUUGUUCGUGAUUCUUCCUCGUAUCUUCCAUCUUACCAUUUCUGGUGAGAAACUUGAAAAAAUAUAUGUAGAUUGGGGUUUUCCAGCACACACCAAUUCUUUGAAUGUUUUUGCUCCAAAUCUCAAGUACCAGACAUGGUUUGGAAACAUAAUGAACUAUCAUUCUCUUGGAGAGUUGAAUUGCUUGGAACAAGUCGAUAUUUGUGUCUGUACUAUGUUGACUAAAGGAACUGGGCGAAUUCUUGACUUACACAGCAAACUCGAUAAGUUCUUCGGCAGUAUCCGAAGCGUUAAAGUUCUUGUUAUAAAACAACACACUGCUCAGAAGCUGAUGGAGGAAGUCUUCAUGCAUUUCCUGGAAUCAUUCUAUAAUGUUCGGAAUUUGGGUGUUAGUAUUAGCUCAGAUUUGGAUGACAAGAUGAUUCCAUCAAUAGUCUCUCUUCUCAGAGCAGUGCCUAAUUUCACUACUUUGGAUAUAAGAUCGCCUCGCGAUAAAGUCUUUUUUUCCGGUGGACCUGUUGAAUCAUCAUUCGAUACUGGUCAUUGGCAACUGCAAGAACUCGACUUCAUCAAUCGGAUUAAGGAGGUAACAAUAGAGAUUACUGAUGGGUCUAAUGGAAUUGAGUUUGCAAAGUAUGUGCUGGAGAAUUCUCCUAGUUUGAAAAUAAUGUCCAUCAUAUGUGCACCCACUCAAAAAUCAAGCUUGAUGGAAGGGUUUAGGACAAGUAGGGUUAUAAACCCUAUCAUGAUUGUCUUUCUGGCUCAAGACAACAAGAAUAAAGUAAUAGUUAGUGCUCAUUAGGGGCAUAUAUAAUUGCUUCAUAUAUAAAUAGUACUUUCUCAUGGCUAGACUGGACCUAUCUUGGUUUUGUAUUAUUAAUGAUUCUAGGUAACAUAUAUAUGUUCUAGAUUUGCAGUGUUCUGUUCUUGAAUUUGUCCUUGCUACUAUCUAA